AGCUCUAACUUCUCUGUGGUCUCUCAGCUUCUUUGAACCAUGGGAUUUCACUUGCACUCUUACAUGUUCUGCUUCUUUGCAUUCUUCCUAUUGUUUGGUGGAGGAGCCUUUGGGCAAUUAUCCUCGAAUUACUAUGCAAGGACAUGCCCGAGAGCCCUAUCUACCAUUAAAACUGCAGUGAAUAAUGCAGUCUCCAAGGAGUAUCGCAUGGGGGCCUCUUUGCUUCGCCUCCAUUUCCACGACUGUUUUAUCAAUGGAUGUGAUGCGUCUGUUCUAUUAGAUGACACCGCAAAUUUCACUGGGGAGAAGACAGCCGGCCCAAACGCAAAUUCUUUGAGGGGCUAUGAAGAAAUAGAUACCGUGAAGUCUCAAGUGGAAAGUAUAUGCCCUGGAGUUGUUUCCUGUGCAGAUAUCCUAGCUGUUGCAGCCCGUGAUUCCGUUGUUGCAUUAGGGGGGCCUUCAUGGACAGUUCAAUUAGGCAGAAGAGACUCGACCACAGCAGGUUUUGAAGCAGCAAACAGUGAAAUGCCCUCUCCUGGGAUGGACCUCAGUGACCUUAUAUCUGGCUUCUCCAAUAAAGGAUUUACUGAAAAAGAAAUGGUAGCUCUCUCAGGAGCUCAUACAAUAGGCGAAGUCAGGUGCCUGAUUUUCCGGGAACGUAUCUAUAACGAGACAAACAUCGAUUCAACAUAUGCAACAUCAUUAAAAUCAAACUGUUCAAGCACCGGUGGAGAUGACAACCUUGCCCCCUUAGAUGUCACUACCCCUGUCGCCUUUGAUAAUGCUUAUUUCAAGAACUUGGUGAAUAGUAAGGGAAUCAUGCACUCGGAUCAACAGCUCUUCAAUGGAGGCUCCACAGACUCUCAGGUCACCACUUACAGCAACAACCCCACAACUUUCAAAGCUGAUUUUGCCAACGCCAUGGUGAAGAUGGGGAACCUUAGCCCCCUCACAGGAAGCAGUGGCCAAAUACGUACCAAUUGCAGGAAAAUUAACUGAAGCUUACCACUGAACUAAGUUACUUAAAAGAGUGUAGCGUUUCCUGUUUUCUGAGUUUUGUCUGAUGUAGUCACUACAUGAAUGAAGUGAUUGCAACAAAAUGUCUUCAUAAAUCCUGUUUGUGUCAUUUGCUGUGUAGUUCCUUUUCUUCCCAAGUGUUGCCAUGAAUUGUGAAACAUAAAGCUUUGUUUUGAA